UCCGUCUCGUCAAAAAUAGACCCGAGUGCUCGCCGUGAAAACUAUACCCCCCCCCCCCCCCCCCCCACCCGACUCCUUAAUUCUAGACCUUCGGUCGCUGCAGUGAUUAGUCGGUAUCUUUUAAACAUGAAUCCCGCUACAAUAGACGGCUGUCGACGUGUUUGCACGGAGAGCGAUUUCCCACAACGGAGGCGACAACAAGUGAGCUAGCUAGCUGGUUCGCCGCUAACGCUGUUCGGUGACAGAUUAGCAAACGCCAGGCUCCCGGACAGGUGAACACUGCAGUCUGAAGCGGCUAAAAACGGAGCCGCCCGACGGCUAACAAGAUAAGCGGUAGUUUUUCGUGGUGAACAAGACACCAGUCUCGAUUGCAUAAGCUAAAACUAGAGCGAGGUUUGUUUUUGUUUUUUGUUUUGUUUUGGGUUUUGUUUUUUUUUUGCUCUUUUUUAAAGCUAUGACCAUGGCCUGUAGUUUCCUAAACACGGACGAGGCGUCUCCAGCGGCUCUGACAGACCUGUGUCUGACCUAUGUGAGCCAGAAUCUGGAGUGUUUCUGUGUGAAGCGCCCUGACGGCUCCCUGUGCUUCAGAGAGGCUGUACUCUUCCCACAGGAGUUAGCAGACCAGCUGCUGGCCAAGAUGGCCACUGAAGGUCUGCUGAAUGACAGCACAGUGGGUGUGUUUCGGAACUGCGAAUACCUGCGGCUGAGACGAGCCUGCAUCCGUACAGCGCGCAUCUCUGCUGAGGCCUUCCAGAAAGCUCUCUGUCCUCACAGACUGUUGGAGCUGGAUGCUGCCAGGGUUAAUGCAGACCUCACUAUUCAUGAUAUUCUUCAGGGACUGGCUACCAACAAGUACUGUCAGGAGUCCCUCCAGCGACUAAGCUUAACAGGUCUCACCAUGUCCUCUCUGGAGGAACCAAUCCGUUAUCGUUUCAGCUCCCUCCAGGGCCUCCGCUCGCUCUCUCUAGCCAAUGUAGACUUCUAUGACUCUGGGCUAGUCGACGUGUGUUCCCUGCCUCGACUGGAGAGCCUCGAUCUCUCCAACACCUCAGUCACCAACCUCAGUCCACUGCUAGGCCUGAAGGAGCGGCUGCGUUCACUAACACUGCACCAGCUGAAGAGGCUGGAGAUGAGCACUGCUCAGCUGCUGGGGGUCAUACGUCAGUUGGAUGUACUGCAGCACCUGGACAUCAGUGAUGAUAAGCAGUUUACCUCUGAUGUGGCUCGUCAGCUGCUUGGACAGCCGGGGAUCCUGCCUGCUCUCGUUUCCCUGGAUGUGUCCGGGAGGAAACAGGUUACAGAUGCAGCUGUUAAAGCAUUUGUUAAGGAGAGACCAGGGAUGACCUUUGUGGGACUUCUGGCCACAGAUGCUGGCUUCUCUGAUUUCCUUUCUGGAGAAGGAAAUCUAAAGGUAACAGGCGAAGCUAACGAGACCCAGAUCUGUGAGGCACUGCGUCGCUACAGUGAGAGGGAAGGCUUUGUGAGAGAAGCUCUGUUUCAUCUGUUCAGCCUGACCCAUGUCAUGGAGAAACCACGGCCUGACAUCCUUAAGCUGGUGGUUUUGGGUAUGAAGAAUCACCCUGCCACUCUGAAUGUCCAGCUGGCAGCAAGUGCCUGUGUGUUCAACCUGACCAAACAGGACCUGGCAACGGGGAUGCCAGUUCGACUGCUGAGCACCGUCACUCAGCUCUUACUGGAGGCCAUGAGGACUUUCCCCAACCACCAACAGCUGCAGAAGAACUGCCUGCUGUCCCUGUGCAGUGACCGCAUUUUGCAGGAGGUUCCAUUCAACAGGUUUGAAGCUGCCAAACUAGUGAUGCAGUGGCUCUGCAACCACGAAGACCAAAACAUGCAGAGGAUGGCUGUGGCUAUCAUUUCCAUCCUGGCUGCUAAGCUGUCCACAGAACAGACGGCUCAGCUGGGAGCAGAGCUGUUCAUAGUGAAGCAACUGCUCCACAUUGUGCGUCAGAAGGCCACUCAGGGCUUGGUGGAUGCCACCCUCAAAUUUACACUGAGCGCACUCUGGAACCUCACCGAUGAGUCGCCUACAACGUGCCGCCAUUUUAUUGAGAACCAGGGGCUGGACCUGUUUAUUAAAGUUCUAGAGUCCUUUCCCAAUGAGUCUUCUAUUCAGCAGAAGGUUCUGGGUUUGCUGAACAACAUAGCGGAGGUCGGGGAGCUGCACGGAGAGCUGAUGGUGCAGGGGUUUCUGGACCACAUCAGCACUCUGCUGCACAGCCCAGAGGUGGAGGUCAGCUACUUUGCAGCAGGCAUCCUUGCACAUCUGACGUCACGAGGAGAGGAGGCCUGGACGCUCAGUCCCGAUCUUCGAUCCUCGCUGCUGGAGCAGCUGCACGCUGUCAUUAUGAAGUGGCCCACACCUGAGUGUGAAAUGGUGGCCUACAGGUCAUUUAACCCCUUCUUUCCCCUGCUGGAGUGCUUUCACACCCCUGGCGUCCAGCUGUGGGCAGCAUGGGCCAUGCAGCAUGUCUGCAGCAAGAACGCCGCUCGCUACUGCAGCAUGUUGUUGGAGGAGGGCGGCCUGCAGCAGCUGGAGCACGUUCACGCACACCCACAGACCCACAGAGAUGUCAAACUGCUGGCCACGAGCAUUCUGGAGAGCCUGCAGCGCCACAGAGCCCGCACCGGCCAGCCCGUACACACACUCACAAGUCGCCGCCCACCACCACAAUAACCUCACCGAGAAAAUAAAGCUCCCUGACCAGGAGGAGGACAUUAAAAUGGGUCGCACCACCACUAAGGGGAUUUUGUAUGUGUGCGUGCGUGUCUGUGGUAUGCAUAUCUCACGCACAAACACACUUUAUCAGGAACUCCUAGAAAGUCGACAUUAAAGGACAGAGACUACGCAAUUCUUUGCACACACACACACUAACCUUAUUUAUUUUCUUUGUGUUUGUUUCCAAACAAGAGUAUUUCUAUGUGCUAAUGUUGUGAUUUAAAAAAAAAAAAUUUUAAUUAUGAUAAACUGUUGGGUCAGUUAAGAUCAAAUUCUCAACGCAAGGUUUGUAUCCGCUCUUGUUAGUGUGACUUGGACAUCAUGAGGAUUUUCGUACCAAAAACAUGUCAGUGCACACAUACAAACCUCGGACGUCCACGUGAGAGUCGUCACUCUCCAGCCCCUGUAUGUCACUGAGGGCUCAGGUUGUCUGAAUUGGUUGGUUAGCUCAUUAAAUAUACGCAUGACGCUGCUGUGAGCUCAAGCAUGCUGGAGUUUGUCUGAAUGCUUGUACUGUUCAUUUUAGGAAUGCCUGCUUGUUUGUUUAUAGCAGUGUUCUGUUCACUGAAACCCACGCCUCUGGGUCUGCAAUACUACUGUUGCUCUCCUCUUCAUUUAGUCUUUUAUCAGCUAAUGCCUUUGAUUCGAUAUGACAGGACACUUGCCGAGGGUGUGUUCAGUGGGUUCAAAUGUUCCAGACAUUACAGAUGAAAACCUAAAUUAUAGAGAAGAUAUAUUUCUUUAAGAAACAACAGUGCUCUUUCUCUUCUAAACAUUUUGGCAGCCCUGAGUCAGUCGUGUCAACGGCAAAGCCGGCAGUGCUGUAAAUCAGAAAACCUAAAGUAGGAUUCACGUGGUUAGUUGAAAUUAUAGAGUACUACAGUCAGUUACGUCUGGUUAAGUGCAAAUGUCCUUUCUGGACACAAAUGGCAAUAAUGAUGCGGUCAGUAUCAGUCAUGAUGGGUGUACAAUUGUGUGUUAAGUCACAGCUGUUUUCUCUUUGAGAAUAUAUUGUAUAUAUUGGUAUGUUUGCUGUGCUUCCUACCACGUCCAGGUGUCUUAAAGACAGAGACAGCACUUCGCUAUGAGCAUGUGUGUAUGUACAUCUGUACCAGUAUCAGCUUCUUAAGGAGUGUAUGUAUAAUGUACAUAAUAGAAAAUGCGGGAGAAAUAGUCAUUAUUAAGGACUGGUUGAAUUGGUUGCAUGGAAAUUAUUCUAUUCUAUAUUCCAUUUUUUUUUGUCUUUUUCAGUUUAUCUGAUUGAGACACUCCUGUAGAAUAAAUAAGGGGAAAAUGGAGAGGAGACACUUGUUUACCCAGGAGUGAGUAGGGGCUGUUGCUGGAAAUAUUCAAGGGUAUUUCUCUUAUCUGAAACCACUUGUGUGACAUUAGUACCUUCCAGGGUGCCAUUUUACCAGGUACACCUCUGCUGUCUAGAGAAGUCACCAUGUGCUGUAACAGCUGACCCUGACGCCCACAUUCUCCUUGCUUAAUAACGUUACCAUUUUCUAUGCAAUCAAAAGCAAUGUUAAUUUUUACAAACACCUUCUACAACCAUGAUGACACUUUAAAAAGCAACAGCGUCCCAAGACUUGUAUGGAAAAUGUGUCCGUUAAUGGAAAUAAAUAGAAAACUUUCAGCUACAAAUGGUACUCGAAAAUGGGCGUUAGCAAAACACACAUCACCUCAUCUGCUCUGUGAAUUAUGGCCUUGUUUUCUGUUAGUUAGCUGUUGUAUGAGCUUGCAAAUUAUGCAUGCAUUUCAACACGGACAAAGAGCAGCAGAUGACACAGAACCUGUUUUUGCUCUUUUCUGUUGCUCCUUCUGAUAUAUUGGAUUGUUUAGUUGAGCCCCUGAAGAUCUCCCUGGAUGAAAGCCAGUUUGUUUUUGUUUUUUUUUUUCAAACAAGGAAUUUAAUACAGAUGGAAAAUGCAAAAAGUAGAGAUACUGUACGUCUGCCAUGACUGUGCCAUGUUGCUGCUAGGAGUCGCGUUUUCAAGUUUGGAAAAAUAAAGAAUGUACAUUCCCAUAAACUGGA